UGAACAUGGUGUGAGAGGCCUAUUAGAGUUCUGCUGCUACUACUUUUGGUUGAAUCGUUCAUAAACAUUAAGUGCUGGAAACAAGUUUUUAUUUCUAGCAGAGAUGCAUACGCUUCAAUGUGAUUAAUAUUAAUAUUAGUCUUGCUCAAAAACUUUUAUUUAACAAACGCAAAAUGCAUUAGCUCGUGGCAUGCUCCUGCCUACAUAAUCUCCUCAUAAAUAAAAUAUUACAUCAAAAUAUUGCAAUAUUACAUUACAUAAAAUAAAUAUUACAUAAUUCAGUCCUUCAGUUUAUGUGAAAAUACAACUUCUACCUUUUAGUCAAUUUAAAACUGGCUGAUGAGGGUUGUAGGUGUUUUUCUAUGUAACUCAAGGCUUGUUUCAUUUAUUUUGAUCAUUCUCAUAGUUUUAGAACUAUAUUAUUGUACUGUAUUUUAAGUAUGUUUUUACAGGACCCCAUUACAAACGAGACCUUGUUCUCAGUGGGCUUACCUGCUAGUACUAAUAAUAGAUAAUAAUUAUAAUAAUAAUAAUAUGUACUUUUGGCAGUAAAUGUGUUGAUGUAAUAUAUUUUAUUCAAGUGGAAAGGAUGCAAUGAUUGAGUUAAGUCAAUUCAAAGCAUCACUUUUUUUGCAGUGUGGUGGGUUUUGGUUGGGGGGAGUCAAGUCUGCCGACCGAUGUGACUGUGACAGGAGGAAGGGGAGGUGUUUGUUUAACUGCCUUCGCACCCACAUUCACUGCAUGACUUUCUUGGUGCAAGAUUUGGUUUAUUGACUCUGCUUCCUGCAGUAAUGGCUGGAAGAAAAAAGGUAUGCUGCGGCAUCUUCGUCAUUAUUUUGAUAAUAACUGUUACAGUCAUAGGUGUCUAUUAUGGGAUAGACAAGUGUCCUAGUGGAAGUUUCAGGAAAGCUGCAGUUGCUGCUGACUCAGAAACAUGCUCAGAAGUUGGACGAGACAUCCUGAUGGAAGGCGGUUCAGCGGCCGAUGCUGCAAUAGCUGCUCUGCUAUGCACAUCACUCGUAAACCCGCAGAGCAUGGGCAUUGGAGGAGGAGCCAUAUUCACCAUAAUGGACAAAAACGGUACAGUGAAAGUAAUCAACACCAGAGAAACUGUUCCAAAGAACUUCAAAGGAGUUCUCUCCACCUGCUCAUAUGACAGUACAGGUAGUAAGUGGAUCGGUGUGCCUGGUCAGAUCCGUGGUUAUGAGCGUGUUCACAGGCUGUAUGGUCGUCUGCCCUGGUCCAGUCUGUUCCAGCCCACCAUCCGCAAGGCCAGAGAGGGGGUCAAAAUCUCUGAAAUAGUGGCACGUUAUCUCCCCAUCGCCGAAAGGCAAAGUACACGGCAGCUGUUCGUGGACGCAGAGGGGAACAUGCUGAAGGAAGGAGACACUGUGAAGUAUGAGAAACUUGCAGACACCCUGGAGAAGAUAGCAGAGCGUGGAGCAGAGGAGUUCUACACAGGAGAAACAGCCAGAGACCUGAUCAGUGACAUACAGGAAGCAGGUGGUACUCUCACUCUGGAGGAUCUGCGCUCAGUUGAGGUGACUGAGUUGGAGCCCUGGAAUGUGUCACUGGGCAAUUACACCAUGUACUUCCCCCCUCCACCUUCAGGGGCAGCGUUGGUCAGUUUCAUCCUCAGUGUUAUGGAAGGCUAUAAACCAACACCAGCCUCUCUAGAAGGAAAAGAGCGUGUGCUGACCUACCAUCGCUACGUAGAGGCCUGUAAGUUUGCUGAAGGACUGAGGAAGUUCAUGAGAGACCCCAGAUUCAAUGACAUAACGAAGGCAUCUGAAGUAAUACAGAAGAAGUAUGCUGACCAAAUUAGACAGAAGAUCAGAGAUGACAGCACCCACGAUGAUGAGCACUACGGAAUCAGCAAAAAGGAGUACAAACUGGGCACCACACAUGUGUCCGUUCUCGAUGAGGAUGGAAUGGCUGUAUCCGUCACCAGCUCCAUCAACUACAUAUUCGGGUCUGGAGUUUAUUCAGCCAAAACAGGCAUCAUCCUCAACAACAUGCUGACAGACUUCUGCAAGCAAAUAGACAAGGUUCAACCUGGUGAACGUCCUCCCUCGUCCACGGCUACGAUGAUCAUUCACUCCAAAGUUACAAACCACACUGUGGUCAUUGGAGGCUCAGGGGGCACGAUGAUCACCUAUGGGAUGACCACGGCACUAAUGAACUUCCUGUGGUUCGGGAAGAGUCUGAAGGAUUCCAUCGAUGAAACCAUUGUGACUGUGGACAUUGAAAAAAAACUCAAUUUUGAGCACAGCUUCGACAAGAAGGUCAUCGUGGCUCUAAAAGAACUCGGGCACAGCGUCCCAGUUUUCCAGAACGCAGUCAACGCUGUAUCGAAGAAAAAUGGAGAGUGCAUUGAGGCUGUUUCAGAUGAAGAUCUGACAGAAAAAAGGCCAAUCCAACCUGAAGGACUGCCAGUUGGACAGGACCAAUCCAACCUGCCCAGCUCUGAGAAGAGGAAGAAGGAGGUGUUUCAUGUGGGUGGCUACAUAGCUGAAUGUGUUGCUGCUUUAGUGGCAGGUUCGGUGAAGAUCAUCAACUCCAGAGAGACGGUUCCAAAGGCUGUCAAAGAAGACCUUUUAUCAGAUUGCCCGUGCAGUGAAACAGGAGGUAUUGUUUGGAUGGGUGUUCCCGGUGAGAUCCGUGGUUAUGAGCGUGUUCACAGGCUGUACGGUCGUCUGCCAUGGUCCCGUCUGUUUCAGCCCACCAUCCGCCUGGCCAGAGAGGGGGUCAAAAUGUCCAAAAUAGUUGCGCGUUAUCUACAUGUCAUCAGAAAAUCGCGUCAGUUGUUCGAGGACGAAAAGGGAAGGAUGCUGAAGGAAGGGGACACUAUGAAAUUUGAGGAACUUGCCGAUACCCUGGAGGAGAUAGCAGAGAACGGAGCAGAUGAAUUCUACACAGGAGAAACAGCCGAAAAGCUUCUCUGUGAUAUGCAGCGAGCAGGUGGUAGUAUCACUCUGGAGGAUCUGAGAUCAGUUGAGGUGUCUGAGUUGGAACCCUGGAAAGUGUCUCUGGGCGAUUAUACCAUGUACUUCCCCCCUCCGCCUUCAGGGGCCUCAGUGGUCAGCUUCAUCCUCAAUGUUAUGGAAGGCUACAACCUAAAUCCAGCCUCUUUAGAAAGAAAAGAGCGUGUGCUGACCUACCAUCGCUACGUAGAGGCCUGUAAAUUUGCUAAUGCACAGAGGAAGUUAAUGAAAGACCCCAGAUUCAACAAUAUAACAAAGGCAUAUGCUAUAACUGAAAAGGAGUUUGCUGACCGCAUUAGGAAGAUGAUCACAGAUGACCAAACCCACGAUAAUCAGUACUACAACGUCACUCCUGAAGUGGACACACAGGGCACCUCUCAUGUGUCUGUGCUGGACGAGGAUGGCAUGGCUGUGUCCGUCACAAGCUCCAUCAACUACUUGUUUGGAUGUGGAGAGUUUUCACCCCAGACAGGCGUCAUCUUUAACAAUCAACUUGCAGAUUUUUGUGACAGAGCAGACAAGAUUCAAACUGGAGAACGUCCCCCCUCCUCCAUGGCUCCCAUGAUCCUUCGCUCCACAAAAACAGAUGACUUGAUUAUUAUUGGAGGAUCAGGGGGCACCAUGAUCACCACCGGGGUGACCAUGGCUCUCAUGAACUACCUGUGGUUCGGAAACAGUCUGAAACACUCCAUCGCAGAACCUGUUGUGUUUGUGGACGGCAAGAAUAGGCUCAGCUUUGAGACCGACUUUGACGAGGAAGUCAUAGAGGCCCUCAAAGACCGUAAAGACACAGUUAAAUACAAAAAGUAUUUCUAUAAUGUGGUCAACGCGAUAUCAAAGCGAGGAGGCACCAUCUACGCUUAUUCAGAUAUUCGGAAGGAUGGCGAGGCUGCCGGCUACUGAUCUGUUCCUUCUUUACCGCAGAAGAUCACAGUACUUCAAUUUUGGCAUUUUUGAAAAUGUUGUGUGGAAGUAAAAUUUGGUGUUUUGAAAAAGUUUUGUGGAACAUAAUUUUUUUUUAAGUUCUGAUCAAGAAAUCACAAGUAGAAGAUUUGUAGAAAUUCUUGUUUGUGUGUCUGAGAUGGAAGGUUUUCUAUAGGCUUUGAUCUUUGGUUUUAUUCAAGUGAAUUUCCUAAAUAUUUAAAUUUAUAUCUCAAAUUAGACUUUUUUUGCAAUGUAAUGAUUUUGUGUAACAUCCUGUCUACCAGAGGUGAGGACUUAAGUCACAUGACUUGGACUUGAGUCACGUUUCCUGACGUAGGCACAUACUAUGGAUUUAGUCGGUCAUUCAUUUGCAAAUGAAAUAAACUUGAAUGUUGAUGAACUACACUGCCAAAUAUACUGGUACUUUAACUUGCUCCCAUUAAAUA